AUGUCCUGGAAUCAAUACCCCGGUGGUGGACAUCAUCAACAGCAUCAACAACAACAUGGAGGAGGAGGCGGAGGAGGAUAUGGAUAUGCACCUCCACCUCCUCCUCAGCAACAACAAGGAUAUGGCGGAUACGGUGGAUAUGCACCUCCUCCUCCGCCACCUCAACAAGGAGGCUGGGGUCCACCUCCUCCUCAAAUGGGAUAUAACUCGUACAACGGUCCACCUCAAGGGGAAUAUCAAAGACCUCCUCCACCUCAACAACACUAUUCAGGUGGUCAAGGAGGAUGGGCACCCCCAACUGGUGCACCUGUAGAACAAAGUUAUCAUCAGACUGGAGCAGGCUUCAUGCCGCCAUCAGCAGGUCAACAAGGUGGUGGCUAUGCACCUUACGGAAGAGCUCCGAUUCGACCUCCUACUCAAACUCAACAUUAUGGUCCACAAUUGCAUGGACAAAAUGGACAAAACGCCCAACCUUUCUUCCAGUAUUCUCAAUGUACCGGAAAACGGAAGGCCUUAUGCAUCGGUAUAAACUAUAUUGGAUCCUCUCAAGCUUUAGCAGGAUGUAUCAAUGAUGCUCAUAAUGUUCAGAAAUUCUUGAUUGACAAAUAUAACUAUAGAUCAGAAGAUAUAGUCAUGUUGACUGAUGAUGCGAGAAAUUCUCGACAGAUCCCCACUAGGAAUAAUAUUCUUCAAGCUUGUCAAUGGUUGGUUGCAAAUGCUCAAGCAAACGAUUCAUUGUUCUUCCACUACUCCGGACAUGGUGGUCAAACCAAAGAUCUCGACGGUGACGAAGAUGAUGGAUAUGAUGAAGUCAUCUAUCCAUUAGAUCAUCAACAAGCUGGUCACAUAGUUGAUGAUGAAUGUGAACAUAAUCUACUCGUUAGACCUUUGCCUCCAGGCUGUCGACUUACAGCCAUCUUCGACUCAUGUCACUCUGGUUCAUGUCUCGAUCUACCUUAUAUCUACUCUACAGAAGGUACUAUCAAAGAACCUAACCUUCUCGCCGAGGCUGGGUCAGGCUUACUAGGUGCAGGUAUGAGUUAUCUUAAGGGUGACACCGGUGGUAUGCUCAAAGGUCUCAUGGGAAUCGGCAAAACACUUGCAAACCAGAACUCGGAUGCUAGAAAGAAAACCGAACAAACCAAGACCAGUCCAGCGGACGUCAUCAUGUGGUCUGGAUGUAAAGACUCGCAAACUUCUGCCGACACUCAAGAAGCUGGUAAAGCAACAGGUGCAAUGUCAUAUGCUUUCAUCGCUUCAUUGACCAAGUACCCUCAACAGAGCUACGUGCAACUACUCAACACUAUAAGAGAUGAGUUGAAAGGCAAAUAUAGUCAAAAACCUCAAUUAUCAGCUUCUCACCCUAUGGACACCAAUCUAUUGUUCAUUGCUUAA